UGCGAGCUACGGCUGAGGAAGCCGCAGAAGAAACUUUGACCGCUUCAGUUGUUAGCCUAGCAGCGGAGACACACAUCUCCUUUAUUGUUUACCAGUCCCGUAUUUAUUCGACUAGCCCUUUUAAAAAGAUGUGGUUUAUUUAUUUACUCAGCUGGUUGUCGCUGGUGGUGCAGAUAUGUUUCGUUACUCUCGCUAUCGCUGCAGGCCUGUAUUACCUGGCAGAGUUAAUCGAGGAGUACACAGUCGCCACCAGUCGCAUUAUAAAAUAUAUGAUUAUGUUCUCCACAGCGGUGCUGGUGGGACUCUAUCUGUUUGAGGGCUUCCCCACGCUCAUGAUCGGAGUGGGUCUCUUCACCAACCUUGUUUACUUCGGUCUGCUUCAGACGUUUCCAUAUAUCAUGCUGACCUCGCCAAACUUCAUCCUGUCAUGUGCACUGGUUGUGUUCAACCACUAUAUGGCCUUCCAGUAUUUUGCGGAGGAGUACUAUCCUUUCUCUGAGGUUCUAGCGUACUUCACUGUAUGUCUGUGGGUGAUUCCAUUCUCAUUUUUCGUUUCUCUCUCUGCUGGGGAAAAUGUUCUUCCAUCCACUGUGCAGCAGGGAGACGAUGUGGUGUCAAAUUACUUCACUAAAGGCAAGCGGGGCAAGCGCUCGGGCAUCCUGCUCAUCUUCUCUUUCCUGAAGGAGGCCGUUUUGCCAAGCCGACAGAAGAUGUACUGAUGAAGCGGUUCAUAUGCGCAUUGGAUGGAGGGGUUUGGGAGGGUUUGUUCAGGCCACCGGCCCCUUUAAGUGGACAGCUUGUUUUUGUGGGAGAAUCGAUGAUCAUGAGAUUGAAUCUGUAGCCGAGGGAGAGGACCAGAUCAGAACAAACGCACAU